GCGGAGCCGCAGCUCAGACGCACCAGAGAAGCGCUGCGCAGAGGCAGCACGGCGGCUACAGGUCACUCCUCUUCCUCCUCCUCCUCUUCCUCCUCCGCCGGAACAAAAGCACAAACGGACACCGCAACACCCCCUCGUGCUCUCCCGCAUCAGCACCUGGACUAUGCGGCAGUGAGGGACCGCAGCACCGCGGAGGGACUGCUGGCUUUCAACCGCCUCGGGUCUAUUCGCAUGUUAAAGGAGCCCAAAAGGAGAAAGUGUCGGCUGGAAGGCGCGUUCACGUCAUUCCGUGGAAAGCAAUACGAGUUUAAUUCUUCGCACCUGGAUUUCCGACCCUCCGAGGACAACAUGCCUCAGACUCCACCCUUCACAGGGCAGCUGAACACGGGCGUCUACAACAAGAACCUGUACCAGACCAAGGAGGAAGGCUACUCCGGCCUCUAUUACCAUGACAACAACCUGGCGUCCGGGUCCCUGGAGGCCCUCAUUCACCACCUGGUCCCAACUGUGGACUAUUAUCCAGAUAGGACCUACAUCUUUACCUUCCUGCUCAGCUCUCGUCUUUUUAUCCGCCCGCACGAGCUCAUGUCCAAGGUGUGUCACCUGUGCAUGGAGCAGCAGCGACUCAGCGACCCCCCAGCGGACAAGACGAGAGUCAGGAAGAUCGCUCCCAAGGUCCUCCAGCUGCUGACGGAGUGGACGGAGACCUUCGCGUACGACUUCAGGGACGAGAGGAUGAUGAGGAGCCUGAAGGAGCUGACCCAGCGGCUGGCCAAUGGAGACGAGGUCUACAGGAAGGCGGUGGGCCAGGUGAGCCAGGGUCUGAUCCGCAGGCUGACGGUGCAGCAGUACGAGGAGGCGCUGGUGAAGAUCAACGCGGCGGCGGCCGAGCGCCUGACGUCUCUGAAGGCCAAGCCCCAGGCGUCCAUCCAGAGGGACGUGCUGUCCAUCUGCAAUGACCCCUUCACCGUCGCCCAGCAGCUCACGCACAUAGAGAUGGAGAGACUGAGCCACAUCGGACCUGAGGAAUUCGUCCAGGCCUUCGUCCAGAAGGACCCUCUGGACAACGACAAGAGCUGCUUCAGUGAUCACAAGAAGGCCAGAAACCUGGAGGCCUACGUGGACUGGUUCAACCGCCUCAGUUACCUGGUGGCCACGGAGAUCUGCCUGCCCGUCAAGAAGAAGCAGCGAGCUCGAGUCAUGGAGUUCUUCAUCGACGUGGCGCGCGAGUGCUUCAACAUCGGCAACUUCAACUCGCUCAUGGCCAUCAUAUCCGGGAUGAACAUGAGCCCCGUGUCUCGCCUCAAGAAGACGUGGAACAAAAUCAAGACGGCCAAGUUCGACAUCCUGGAGCACCAGAUGGAUCCUUCCAGCAACUUCUACAACUACAGGACGGCGCUGCGAGGAGCGACACAGCGCUCCAUCACCGCCAACAGCAGCAGGGAGAAGAUCGUCAUCCCUUUCUUCAGUCUGCUCAUCAAAGACAUCUACUUCCUCAACGAGGGCUGCGCCAACAGGCUGCCGAGCGGACACGUCAACUUCGAGAAAUUCUGGGAACUGGCGAAGCAAGUGAGUGAGUUCAUGGCCUGGAAGAAAGUGGAGUGUCCCUUUGAGAAGGACCGCAAGAUCCUCCAGUACCUGCUGACGGCCCCCGUGUUCACUGAGGACGCGCUGUACCUGGCGUCCUACGAGAGCGAAGGCCCUGAGAACCACAUGGAGAAGGACAGAUGGAAGUCUCUGAGAUCGUCUCUGCUGAGCCGGGUCUGACCGGAGGAAUCUCCGCCCGGACCCCCCCUCCGGACCCCCCCUCUGCUCUUUGUUCUGUACGGACAGCUGUUUUCUUCCUCUCUUUGUAUGACUUUAUAGUCUUUUUAAAAAAAAAGAGGGAAACUCUACGAACCUCCGCUGUGCCAGACGAGGUUUCCUUGUUUGCCCCGCCCCCUUUUUUCCAACGUUAGCCGCUGGUUGGCUAACGGAAGACGUCGUUAGUACUGACUCUCUGAAACGGACCUUCCUGUUUGUCUCGCCUCAUGUUUGUGUUUUUCGCCAAACUUUUCGUUGAUUGUGAGAAAAAUCCACCGGUUGCAUUUUUCAUGAUUUAAUAACAAUCAUCACAAGUCUGUUUGUGUUGUUUCCGGUUGUGUCCGGUGAACUUUACCGUCUUAAACCGGUCGCCUCCUGCUCCUCCUCCUCCUGCUCCUCCUCCUCCUCCUCCUGCUCCUCCUCCUCCCGAUGAGGGCGUGACGCGCUGCCCCCUGGUGGUCGGUCCGGUAACGCAUAAUGUGAACUGACCCCAACACAAGCUGAAAUAAUACCCUCUUUGUUUGUCAUGUUAUUAGAGAGUAAACUUAUCUGUUUAAUUUAUGAAUCUAUCUGCGUAGUCGCAUUGUGUCGUCAUGACGAUGUUAACUAUUUUAUUGUUAUUUAAUUUUGUACUAGGUACAUCGACUCAAACAUUAUUUUUAUAUACAGAGUUUGUACCGAGCUCAGAGAAUGAAGUCGAAUGACGGACGUCUGCUUUGCCUCGACUGCUGUUGUUGUUUAUUGUGAACAGACGGCGUUUGUUUGUUUGUCUCCUCGUGUUCUUUUGUAUUUUUGACUGCUGAAAUGAAAAAGACAAACUGUUUAUAAAUGACUUUUGUGUUUUAAAAGAGUUAAUAAAAAGAUGUUUAAAAGAU